GGCCUCGCCUCUCCCCUUCCGCGACUCCUCCGCGGCCGCUGCGCAUGGAGAGCUCUGCCAAGAUGGAGAGCGGCGGCGCCGGCCCGCAGCCGCAGCCGCAGCCGCAGCCGCAGCCGCAGCCCUUCCUGCCGCCCGCAGCCUGCUUCUUCGCCACGGCGGCGGCGGCGGCGGCGGCGGCGCAGAGCGCGCAGCAGCAGCAGCAGCCGCAGCCGCAGCAGGCGCCGCAGCUGAGCCCGGCGGCGGACGGCCAGCCCUCAGGGGGCGGUCACAAGUCAGCGUCCAAGCAAGUGAAGCGACAGCGCUCGUCCUCGCCCGAACUGAUGCGCUGCAAACGCCGCCUCAACUUCAGCGGCUUCGGCUACAGCCUGCCGCAGCAGCAGCCGGCCGCCGUGGCGCGCCGCAACGAGCGCGAGCGCAACCGCGUCAAGCUGGUCAACCUGGGCUUCGCCACCCUGCGGGAGCACGUCCCCAACGGCGCGGCCAACAAGAAGAUGAGCAAGGUGGAGACGCUGCGCUCGGCGGUCGAGUACAUACGCGCGCUGCAGCAGCUGCUGGACGAGCACGACGCGGUGAGCGCCGCCUUCCAGGCGGGCGUCCUGUCGCCCACCAUCUCCCCCAACUACUCCAACGACUUGAACUCCAUGGCCGGCUCGCCGGUCUCCUCCUACUCGUCCGACGAGGGCUCCUACGACCCCCUGAGCCCCGAGGAGCAGGAGCUGCUCGACUUCACCAACUGGUUCUGAGGGGCUCGGCCUGGCCAGGCCCUGGUGCCAACGGACUUUGGAAGCAGUUACAGGGGGACCGCACAACCUGCAUCUUUCAUGCUUUCUUGCCAGUGAUGUCAGAAGGGAGAAAAAAAGGAAAAGAAGAAAAGAAGGGAAAAAAAUAAAAUAACAUCAGGCAACCGACCCCAAGACCAACCAAGCAUUGCCUGCCUGAGAAGCAAGGCUCUGGCAAAACAGGGAUGCGCUCAGAACUGUAUCUUUGCACUCCAAUUGUCGCCGGAGCUCUGAAGGGUGACUAGGACCUGAGUCAACGCGCAGAAGGCAGCUUGUGUGCAAAGGCACUGGGCUCCCGGCAGAAGGGAGCAGCAGAGCCCUAUAGAAACUCCCACCCACCAGUAACAGGCAGAACCACCGAAAGCACUCGCUAGGAUGCCUUCACCUCCCUGCCCUCUGUGAAAGCGCAGUUCUUAGCCCUAUAGAAAUGGGUUGGUGUCUCUCUUCGAAGCAUCCCCCAUCCUAUCCCUGUAAGCUGUGGACAUCUGUCUGCAGUGAAAUUAUGCUCUACUCAGUCCUUUGAAACUCCGAUCCUCGGCGGGGGCGGGGGGGGGCUCCCUACAUCCCCAUUUCCUCACAUCAUCUUUUCUACCAUUUUCAUCAUAGAAUGCUUCCAAUCUUUUGUGAAUUUUUUUAUUAUAAGAAAAAUCUAUUUGUAUCUAUCCUAACCAGUUUGGGGAUAUAUUAAGAUAUUUUUGUACAUAAGAGAGAAAGAGAAAAAAUUUAUAGAGUUUUGUACAAAUGGUUUAAAAUGUGUAUAUCUUGAUACUUUAACAUGUAAUGCUAUUACCUCUGCAUAUUUUAGAUGUGUAGUUCACGUUACAACUGCCAUUUCUCCUAUGUGGUUUUGUAAAGAACUCUCCUCAUAGGUGAGAUCAAAAGGCCACCAGAUGUACUUCAGCACCAAUGUGUCUUACUUUAUAGAAAGUUUGUUAAUGUAUUAAUGAUGUUAUUAAAUACUGUUCAAGAAGAACAAAGUUUAUGCAGCUACUGUCCAAACGUCAAGUGUGGCAGCCAGUUGGUUUUGAUAGGUUGCCUUUUGGGAAAUUUCUAUCAUUGCCU